CAAGUUGUUGCUGCAGUUCGAAGGCACGAAAUCAUCAUGGUCGAAAGUUCCGUAACCAUCUCCAGCGAAAGUGCAGACAGCCAUCACAAUCCGGAAAGGGCUGAGUCUCCGAUUGCAAACCCCGUCUCUUCGGAAGGGUACAAUUUGAUCGUUGUAGUCAAAUCUCUCAGUCUGAACGAUUUUCGCGAAGAUGUUCAGCGCAUGCUCCGUAUCGUCAUGGUGCUGGGAGAAUCCGAGGUCAAUAUCGAAGGAACCGAGAAUGAAAUCAACCAACAACGUCGUGGAAAUGCAGUGAGAAUUCCAUGUGCCAACGCCGAAGAGCUUAAGCAGUAUCUAACGCAGCACAAUCUGGACGUUGUCAUCAGUCAUGAGGGCAUGGAGCUAGGAAGAACCAUUGUCCAGCUGGCGGAAGUCAACCUGACUGCAUUUGAACCACCAGAGUUUGAACCUACGGUUGUUUCUAAAAUAUUCACUUUGCAACACGGUACAUCCGAAGUUGGUACAAUUCACCUAAUCUUGAAAACCGAUCUGGAACGAUCAUCCGUGGAACUGAACUCGUCCAAAAUCGAGAACGACACGGUCCUUUUCAUUGUCAACGACUCCUCGAAGCGAAGAAGCAGUGAACACCAGGAAGAAACCAUGCGACAAAUGUUGACCUGCAUGAAAUGCAACGCCCUGAGAAGCCCAAGCGAUAUCAGCUGCCGAUACGAACUGAUAGACGGGAUUCUUGCUAACUGCGAGACACCCAAACGUGAUGUUGAUCUGGAAAUGAUAAAACGCAAAAUUGAACAGAUCGAACGAGAGGCAAAGUUGUAUCCCGCUGGAAAGCAGCAGGAACCGUCGAAGGAUCCGGAAGGGGACCGUUAUUGUAACACCUGCGGCGGGUACACGGUAACCGGUGUGACCUGCAAUCCGUUGCUCAGUCAGUUGGAGCCGGUUCAGGUAUAUCCGAUAGGGAGUGGCAAACGCUUUGAGGAGUUUACACCUUCUAAGAUGCCGAUCGCUGCAACACAUAUUUCGGAACUGGAUUUUACUGGGGCAAGAAAUAAUCCAACAGGAGCGUAUAACUACAAUUUCAACACCAUACAGCAGCAGGAAAACAAAAUGUGCCCAACAUCUGUAGGCAUUCGCCACUGCCAACGAUGCGGACUCAACCUGGACUGGUUGCCAUUGCAUGCUCACUGUCCAAAAUGCGGCUUCAAAUGUCAACCUGAACGUCCGGCAAGCCCGCGACCCAAGGCGGACGAACUCACUCCCAGUGUAAUGAACUCAUGGCUAGGAAGUUUCGAGUUCGGCGAAAUUCAACGAAGACAUUCCUCGAUAGUGGCUACCGGCCGGUCGGUAUCACUCGAGGAGAAACCUUGUCCCCUUUGCCGACUUCGCGGCGGCCGGUGUCCUGACUGUGAGAGACGUAAAUCUAUGGCUCAACAAGACAACAUAGCCCAAAAUUCCACCAAUCAAUCGUCUACUUCCGACUCGGAAAUUCUUAACCGAAAAGCGUACGAUAGACCCAAAACCAGACAAUCACUCAGGGAUCGAUUCAGCGGGAUGCCAAAAAAGAUUACUAAAUCAGCACGAAUGGCUGAUCUUAAGAAAGUGUACGGGGAGGAAACAUCCCCUAAACAGGGAAAAUCUAGUCGUAGAUCAACGCGUAGCUCCUUAGUUUCACUGAACGUUGAGGAAAUAUUGAAGAAAGCUGAUACCCACAAGAGAAAGGUUGUUUCCGAUGGUGUUCAGAGUGUAGAACUGCGUAAAGUUGGAUCGAAAUCGAAGAAUUCUACGAGCGAUACUUUAGAUAAAGGUUGUUCGGUUAUCAGCGCAGCACAGAUUCGUAAAAAUCAACGCGUUUUACUGCGUCGCAUCAGAAAGCAGAACCAAGGAAAAUACUCUUAUCUCUACGGAAACCGCUACCCUGGCAUUGUAGUAGGCCACCGUGAAUGCGUGCAUCGAGGGAAUCCUGUUCCUCCCCAUAUGGGUUGGCAAUGGAACGUGAGUACACCGGGAAUCGGACGCAUCCGGAAAGGUUGGCGCCCAGGUGCAGUACGAAAACCCAUCAAGGAAUUGAUGCGACACUUUUUGGUUAGUUACCCGCUGGACAAUAUACCGGUAAGCAGGAAGGGAACCCGGAAGCUGAAUGUAGCCGAGAACGAUGCAGAUCCUGCUAAGCAAGAGCCAACCUUACAGAUAGAAAAACGAAAUGGAGAAUAUGUCAUCGUCAUGAAGCCACUGAAAGAUUCGAAAACACUUAAAUCGGCCCAAGACCCAUAUCUAUCCUGUCCACCAAUACGGCUCAAGCUGGCAAAAGAUCCAAAUGUGGGUAAAUUGUAUCAACUGCGAAAUGCUCUUAAAGUCAAGGGAUUCACAUUGUGUGGUUGUGCCGACCUAGGUUCCUGUACCCAUAGAAGCGAUAAGGAGAAAAAACUCAUUACACAGGAACUUCGUAGGCAAUCGAAACGGUUGGGACUUCCACGCAACACAGAAAUAAAAGAAGUGCCCGUGGAAAGUGAGUCUGACUUGGAUCUCGAAUUUACACCUCCAUCUGCCAUGCUGAACUCGGGUGUCCGAAAACCAGAUGUCGUAUGUACGGAAACGCAGUACUGCGAAGCGGAUUACAAAGUACAGACUCCAGCGGAUAAGCUUAAAAGUAAACCAGGUCGAGUAGAUCCACGUGACAUGAAGGUCGCCAGAAAGAUGGGUAAAUCAGUCGGUCGAGUAGAUCCGCGUGACACGAAGGUCGCCGGAAAGAUGAGUAAAUCAGUCGGUCGAGUAGAUCCGCGUGACACGAAGGUAGCCGGGAAAGUGAGUAAACCAGUAGGUCGAGCAGAUCUGCGUGACACGAAGGCAGUCGGAAACGUGAGUACACCAGUCGGUCGAACAGAUCUGCGUGACACGAAGGCAGCCGCCGGAAGGGUUAAUCUUGGCCGAGGGUUAGACAAGGGCGACGCGAAGGGUGACAAGAAAGCAAAUGGUGGUAAAACUCCCGUUAAAGGAACUGGUGGAGCAAUUGGAAAAUUCGCAGGAAUACCAGUUGCAGCAGUAGGAGCCACACUCAAACAAUGCCGACCGGAACCGAUUUGUGAUACGAGUAGAUACUGUACGUCCACGCCGGCUCCAUACUGCUGCCAACCUAUGUCGAUGGGAUACAAUUGUCAAAUGACCAAUGCCUGUUACACAUCCUCUUGCGCUCCGGCUGUCUGUGGCUACAACGCUUGCUGUGCGGGAUGCAUGUAACAGUGUUGUUUGUUUUGUUUUUCUUAUUGAAAUUUUGC